AUGAACACUGAGGAGAACACCGAAGAACAGCAAGCCGUUCAGCAAAUUGCGGCUACGCAGGCUCCCAGACCACUCAAAAAGUUGAAGCCUGCUCGCAAGCAGGUUAAACCCGGAGAUGUAGAGAAGAAAGAGACCGUCCAAACUGGCAAGGAGUACAAUAUCUGGUACAAUAAAUGGGCCGGCGGUGACAGGGAGGACAGUUACUCAAACAAAGUCAAGUCACAAACACGGUGCCAGAUCAAACGUGACUCGGGUUUGACAAGAGCGAACACGACUGGGAUAAGAUACUGCUGCCUAUUCUUUGCUCGAGGUUGCUGUCCUUACGGAUGGGAAUGCGAGUAUCUCCACGCUCUACCUGAUCCUGAAAAGGCGAUGCCGGAUAGUUCCAAGGACUGCUUCGCUCGCGACAAAUUUGCCGACUAUCGAGACGAUAUGGGUGGUGUUGGAAGCUUUAACCGGCAAAAUCGGACACUCUACGUUGGCAGAAUCAAAGAGACUGGAAACGGGCAGGAAACGGAGGAAGUGGUUCUUCGGCACUUUAGGGAAUGGGGUGAUAUCGAACGAAUUCGGGUUUUGCAAUACCGGAGUGUUGCCUUCGUAACUUAUGUCUCAGAAUACCACGCGCAGUUCGCUAAAGAAUCCAUGGCUUGCCAGUCUCUCGACAAUGACGAAAUUCUCAACGUUCGGUGGGCGACGGAAGACCCGAACCCAACGCAGAAAGUAGCAGAGAAACGGCGAUUGGAAGAUAUGGGACAAGAGGCUAUUCGUGCCAAGAUGGAUCCCCGAAUUGUGGAUGCUAUGAGAGCGGUUCGAGCAUUGGAAGAGGGCGAUGUAUUGGACGAUGGUUACCUCGAUGAGGCAGAAGGCGACCCAGAAGGCAACUCCAAUAAACGCCGUCGUAUAGACGAAGGCUACGGCACACCCUCUCCCCCGCCAGAGCCUCCUGCUCAAGAAUCCCCGAAACCUUCUGGCUUGCUAAGCGUGGAUACACUGGAAAGUCUCAAGUAUUUCGCAGAGAUUCGAAAGCGUAACGGGUUAGGAAUGGUCGCCCCGAAACCACCAAUAAAGGCGUCAGCCACCGGCUUAAACCUUGCGGACUAUGGUAGUGAUGACGAGUAA